AUGCAUAUACGCGAGGGCGCGGAACUCCUGGCGGAUAUAUAUUGGCAGGAAGCCAACUCCGUCGCUCCUGGACAAAGGGCGCCCCACGUCUGGGCCGUCUUAGAGCCGUCGGCUUUAGGGCCGGCGAUAAACGUUGGCGGAAAUAUCGGGGCCCCUGAAAAUCAUUUAAAAAUCAGGGCAAUUUUCACUGCUCUCCAUGCCUCGUAUCCUGAUUAUCGGAGGCAGCUGGACGUCACGCUGGUCGAGCCCAAGCUCGGAAUCCUCAAUAUUCUCGGCAUCCCCAAGGCGGUGCUUGAUCCCGAGUUUGCUGCCGAGUCGUUCGUCUCGUUUGAGCGCGCCAACGUGUACUGGGACACCAUCAGGCUGCAGGAGGACAUGCCGUUCGACACGAAAAAGGUGCUGAGAAGCGAGAACGGCGACAAGCCGCACGUCGGCGUCGCCGCCGAGGAGCUCACGUACAACCCCAACCUCAAGCUGCACUUUGUGCAGGGUCACGUGACCGAGCUUCUGGAGAGCGUUGCCAGGGUGCAGAUCGGGAAGCUCGACAAGGGCCGGCUGCCGGAGAGGUACAGGCCGACGAAGCCGGCGGAGGAGGUGGAGAUUCCGUACGACAGCGUUAUCAUUGCGAGCGGCCGGACGAGAAACUGGCCGCUGGACCCGCUCUCGUCGACGGCGGAGGAGCUCAAGAAGGAGAUGGCCGAUUCGACGGCGCAGAUUAAAAGUGCGAGAAAAACGGUCAUCAUUGGCGGCGGCGCCCUGGGCAUUGAGCUUGCCGGCGAGAUCAAGCACCAGUUCCCAGAGAAAGAGGUGGUUUUGGUCCAUCCGCACGCCACGCUGCCACCAGAGUCUCUGCUUUGCGACAGGUUCAAGCAGCAGGUGCUUGAAUUUCUCGAAAAUCUCGGAGUCGAGGUGCUUCUCGGCACGAGAAUUAAAUCGGAGCAGGAAGACGGUGUUCUGGUGACCACGGACGGCAGAACCAUCACGAGCGACCUCACGUUCUGGUGCAACUACAAGAAGAACAACGUGGACUUUUUGGCGAAAAACCAUCCGAACGUGUUUGCUCCCAACGGCGACAUUCUCGUCACGCAUCAGUACGAGGUCAAGACCGACAAGAACGAGGUGAUCGGCAAUAUAUUUGCGGUUGGCGACCUGGCGGACCUGCCGCUGGUCAAGACAGCCGGAUGGGCCUACAGAGAGGGCUGUCAGGCCGGGAACAAUGCCGUGGAGCUGGUGCUGAACAAGGAUAGAGGCGGCUACGAGUCUGUGGACAAGGAGUUUCUCGACAAGGGGGGCAUGCUGUUGGUGGUGGGCAUGGACCAGAGUGUCUGUGAGGACUUCCUUGGGCAGAUUUACAUCAACGAUCCGGAGCAUUUGAAGAUGUAUGAGGACUACAGGCUCAGCAGUAUGUUCCCGACGUACGGGCUAACAAAAGAAGAGAGUGAAUAG